GUGGACAACUCUCUUGACACCGACCUAUUUCCAGUGGCCAGUACAGUUUAUUGGGUCCGAACUUGACAUUACUGGAAACGCAUUUUCCACCUUGCUCCACGAAGAAUUCUUGCGAAAUGGUCUCGCUGACAUCCAGGACAAUGCUUUCGAAAUUCUCGACAUUGGCGGAAUGCUCAGUGGAGUCGCUGCUGCUGGAUUCUCCUUCGGUCUUCCUGGAACAUUCAAUUUCAAUGGUGCAAAAUAUAACAUAUCUACUCAGGGGGUCGUGCCUACCAUUGAGGAGUUUUCCGGCUCGGAUGGAAUUCCGGAUUCUAAUAAUACUCGUCUCGGGUUUUCUGGUGGAAAUGUCACGGUCAACACCAAAGCCAUACCUGGAUCGCACACCAGCGUGUCUAUUCCUCAGGGCUUCAGCAGGAACUAUUCCAUGUGGCAGCAAGGGUUAACAGCCAAUGUCAGCUGCCGGGCUAUUGACUCGAAUCAAACGCAGUACGUAUGGAACACAAACAACUCCUACAUUAUCUAUGCCAACGCAGCUGCUUCGAACAACUCCAUCACUGGUCUCCGUUUGUGGAAUAUCAGUGCAAACUGUGGUCCCAAUACGCUUACGACGUACGAAUACGUGACCAUGGUGGAUGCAAACGGAAACGCGAGCUCGUCAGGGAGUGGCUUUCUUCCUUCCAUUGUCUGUCCGGGACCUAUGAAUAUGAAUCAAACUCAUACAAACUUCACAAUUUUCUCACAAGGAUUUUACAAGUAUCAGUUCCUUAAAGCUAGUGUGUGCGAUGUGGUCCCCCUGUUGACCACAGUCCGUGCCAAUUAUUCCAAUGACUUGAUUUCUUCCGAGGUCAUUUCGUCCACCCCAUUCCAGACAGAGAAUGUCCAGCUACUGUCAUUCAUCGCUGGAGUUGCCAGGUUUCAGUCGAUCAACUCGCAGGGGCUUAUGAGUAGCGCAAUCGGGGAUACCCUUUACUCCAUCUAUUCCUCGACUACAAUCGGAUCCAUUAAUGACAAUCUCAAUGACACGGUGGUUUACCUCGAGCUCGAGGAUUACUGGCGUGGUGUUGUUGAGUUCUCAUCCACGUUCCUUCGCUCUGGGUUCAUGGCCGUGGGCAGCUUCCCCGAUAACGUCAUCCCGAACAACAUUUCUUCUCAAGUCAAUGGGACCAUGUUCAUAUCGACGAUAGGCUGGACUCGCUGGGCUAAGAAAUCACCAACAUAUCUGCUCGCUACACUCCCACUCACCACUAUCACCAUCCUUACAUUCGCCUGCGCGUUGUACAGUAUUAGGGAGGCAUGGAAAGACCGAAGGUCUGGUCACUACCACAGGACCACCUUUGACGCAUCAAACACUAUUCAUCUCGUUAUGGCAUCCGCUUCUGGGGAGCUCACACUCGCUGGUUUCGAUAAGCAAGGGAUUAUCGUCAAUGAGGAUACGAAAAUUAUCCUUGAUGAGUCCGAGCAUGCCAAAAAGAAGUUUGUGCCAGCAGUGAAGGAGAUGGCAUGAUUUUUAGCCAUAUCACGGCAUGGUAAUUUCUGUUCUCCUUAGUCUUGUUUGAUAUUUGUAGGGCACGAUUCGAACUGCAGUGGUAAAGGUGAUUAUUUCGGGUUUUGGCGACACAUUAUGAAUGUAAUUUUGGACGAACAAACUAGGG